AUGACUUUGGGCAUUGUCCUCCCACCACCAAAAUUCGACCUCACCCUCGAUGAAAUGUUUUCCAAAGCAGCCUACAUUCUAGAAUUGGCCAAGGACGGAAUAUACGAAAUCACCUCUUCAGUCGAGCCCGAGGAAGCAACUUAUGAAAACGUCAUCAUCCCCAUUGGCCACGUCGAGAACCAGCUAAGCUACGAAAUAGAGCCUCUGUCUAUUCUUGAAUCCGUAUCUCCCUCGGCGGAGAUCAGAGCGGCCGCUUCGAAAGCAGUCAAGACGGCACAAGAAGCAUGGGAGAUCAUCUACGACAACGAAGAGCUGUUCCUCUUGAUCGAUGCCGUCAAGCACCAGCGCCCCGCGAACCUGGACGAGGAAUCGGGCCGGUUCCUGGCGGACCUGCAUAGCGAGUGUGUCGAAAAGGGCCUCAACUUGCCAGAGGCGGAGGCAGAGCGCUAUUCGGAAAUCAGGCACCGCAAGUACGAGCUGCACUCUGCGUUUGUGGCGAAUCUAGCUACUGACCCGGGCGUCGUUUUGAAAUCCGACGCUGAACUGGAGGGCUUGCCGAGAAGUAAGCUUGAGAGUUUUCAGAUGGACGAGCAGGGCAGAAGGAGGAUCCCUCUUCACAGGACGAAUGCUGAUGCCAUCAUGCGGCAGUGCACCAACGAAGAAACUCGGAGGGAUGUCUGGGCCGCCAAGGAGUCUAUAUAUCCGGAGAACGCAGCGUACUUCCGGGAAGCGGUUCUCCUGCGGGACGAAGCAGCUCGUUUGCUGGGGUUUUCUUCGUACAACCACCAGCUUGUGCGUCGUCGAAUGAUGAAGUCGCCCGAGGCAGUUAUGAACCUCCUGAGGGCCAUGGAGACGAAGCUGAAACCAUUGGUGAAGAUGGAAAUGGAUGCUUUGAGGGAGUUGCGUGGCGAUGGUGAGCCAAUUCACUUCUGGGACCUUGCCUACUACGAUUCGCAGACGUUGAAAGGGAGGAAUGUGAAUAGUGACGUUGUGGCGGAGUACUUUCCCGCAGACUUUGUGUUGGGCAGGAUGCUGGGCAUGUUUGAAAAGCUAUUCCAGUUGGAGAUUUCCGAGGUUGCAGACAUAAAGGAUGACGAGGUGUGGCAUCCAGAUGUAAAGGUUUACAAAGUGAGCGAGUUGGGAGGUCUGUUUGUGGGAUAUUUGUACAUGGAUCUGUAUCCGAGGGAGGGCAAGUAUAACAGCUCUGCCGACUUCAACAUCCGGCCGAGUUAUAUCGACCGAGAGGGAAGAUACAUGCCGAGUGCCACGGCGCUGAUUUGCAAUGUGACGCCUCCCACGAAAGAUACUCCUGCGUUGCUGCACCACUCCGACGUCAUAACUAUAUUUCAUGAGCUGGGACACGGAAUGCACGAUUUGAUGGGCCGCACCAGAUACGCCAAGUACCACGGGUGGCGUGGCAGAAGAGACUUUUGCGAAGCGCCGAGCCAACUUCUAGAAUUCUUCUGCUGGCUCCCCCAGACCCUGAAGCUGAUGAGCUGUCACUACUCGUAUCUGUCGGAGGAAUACAAACAGCAGUGGGAACGGAUGAAUCCCGCCACGGCCAAGCAGCCGGAAAAGCAGAUCCCGGGCGAGAUGUUGUCAGCGUUGAUUGCGGCCAAGAAUGUCAACAGUGCGAUAUGGACCGCGAGACAGGUAGGACUGAGUAUUUUUGAUAUGAAGGUUCAUAAUCCAUCUUCUCAUGGGGAACUGGAGGGCCUGGACAUUGCCAAGGAAUACUAUACGUCCAUCACAGAGGCCACCGGGCUGCAGGGACUAGAGGAUGAAGCGACGUUGGGGAACGGGUAUUCUACCACUGCUCAUUUCAUGUGGGGCCAGGAAGCCAACUACUAUUCCUACAUUUCGACCCGUAUUCUCGCAGCAGACAUGUGGAAUGCAUGCUUCCGCGAUGACCCCAUGAAUCCAGAGACGGGGCUCCGAUAUCGACAAAUGGUCCUGGAUAAAGGCGGUAGUGUGGAUGAAGCAAAAAUGGUGGCUGCGUUUUUGGGUCGUGAGCCCAAUUCGGAUGCGUAUUUGGAAGAAAUUGGUGUUGAGGAUGUGGCAAAGUGA